CACAGCCGCAACGCUGACUGGUCCCCACGAGUCCGCUCGUGGGCAGUACGUUCGUGCUCUGUUCUUCUACGCGUCGAAACCUGUUCUCGCCGCGCGCUGCCUGGAUGUGUCUAUUGAAACACUGUGGAACGCGUUGCUGCGAGAGCUAGAAAAAGAACCGGAGGGGGGCGUCGGCGCGCGCCGGUGCGUGACGGAACUCGGAAAAAAAAAUGCACUCUGUGUCGACCGCGACCAGCGGUUUGAAAAAAUUCUGGAUUCGCUGGGCCCGGAACAGGACCUCCGCCGCGCGAUAUUUCUAGAAGCUCUUGUUUAUGCUCUGCAAAAGUGUCGCUGCCCCGAAGAAUAGCACUGGUUGCAAAUCUACUUACGUCACUCACUUACUUUUUUGUAUUAGUAAGUUGUCUUAGAUGAAUGAGAUGAUCAAAUAGAGAGACUAGAAAUGCAACUCGUACGCAGUGGCAGUGGGAACGACUCUUUUGUAAAACAAGUAUAUUUUUCAUUCUGCAGCAUAUCACGAGCUCGCGGACACAGUCGCACGGCUCAAUGCCAGUCAGCUCACCCUGACUGAACACCUUGCCAAAGAAGAGCGCAAGACGAAGGCGUCAGUAAAGCAGUGCGGCGCCGGGAAGGGCACGAACACGACGAAAGAUAAAG